GGCUCCAUCGUCCCCGUGAUCUCCUCCUUCUAGCACAUCCUUGCUUUUCUCUCUCUACCCCUCUCUCGGGUGCCUACGCUGCAGCCUCGCCCAUUACUGGGCCACGACCAGCAGUAGGGCGUCCCCACCUCGUGCGACAGGGCCCAUUCUCUGUGGAUACUGCAAGCGGCAGAGGACACUCGUCUCUGUGGAUGCUGUCGACGGCGUCCCUAGCUUGAGCAAAGCAAGGGCUCCUAUUCGGGCAAAUUUGGGGGUUUAGCGAGCCGGCGAGGAAAAGAGCACGCCCGAGAUUAGGUGCUGCAGUCUCGAAAGACAAUAGCUCCCCAGACCUUGCAGCAGGGACUUCAUCAUCAGCGACGGUGAAAAGGGACCCACCAAAUUCUCUCACACGCACACAGAGUAGCAAUGGCCACUCAGUCCUCGUGGCGCUCCCAGACGGCCGGCACGCAGCGUUGGGGCAACGGCAGUGCCUCUGCUCGCAGCAACAACAACAACAGCAGCAGCAGCCAUGGCACCGGCAGCAACAGUAGCAGCACCGCCGGCCACGAUGCAGCAGCGGCAGCAGCAGCGCCCUCUUCUGGGCGCCAGAGCGGUGGAGCAACGCACACGAAUGCCUUUCCACCCCUGGGCGCCAAGGCGGCAGCCGUCGACUCGCACGAAGCGACGCAGCGAGACCGGCUGCUCUUCCUCCUCGUCGGCCUGGUGGGCAACACUGUCGUGGCCACGACCCGCACCGGCGUCCAGUAUGUCGGCAUCCUCAGCUCCACGUCCACUGCCGCGGCCGCUAGCGCUUCCUCGACGCCAGCCCAGGACUCGCUCGGCAUCAUUCUCUCCUCGGCCCAAGAGAUCCUGCCUGGCCAAGCACCUGGCCAACAGCCCAAGUUGGGCCCACUCAAGAAGAUGCUCGUCAUCCAGGGCCAAGAUCUCGACUCUUUUGCUGCCAAGGACGUCGCCUUGGAUGUGCCCGCUUCGAUGAGCAGGACGGAUGCGAGUGCAGGCUUCCGAACCGACACAGAGAUCUCAAAGACGGCCGAGGGACUUUCGGCCGGCCGUACACUUCAGAAAUGGACAGUAGACGACGGCGAAGCGCUCGAGAGCGAUGGUCUUGGUCUUGGUGGUGGUGGUGCUGGGGCAGGAGUCGGCGCAGGAGCUGCUGGUGCUGGUGCUGGUGGUCUCGGCACUGGCAGUGGGGGCAGCUGGGACCAAUUUGCGGCAAACGAAGCCCGGUUCGGUGUCAAGUCCAACUACGAGGAGACGCUCUACACGACGAAGCUCGACAAGAGCGCAAAAGACUUCAAGGAAAAGGAGCGGCGAGCCGAUCAGCUGGCAAGGGAGAUCAUGAACUCGUCCACCAACAACAUUCACGUCGCCGAAGAGCGCGACUUGGUGCCCCAGGGCGGCGACGUUACCGAGGAGGACAGGUACGGUGCCGUCGUUCGCGGCCCCAAUGCCUAUGUUCCCCCCGCAGCCAGGCGAGCGGCUGCUGCUGCUGCUGCUGCGUCUGGUACUACCUCUUUAUCCGCAGCACCACCCAAAGCUGGCAACAACGGAGCCGAGCCGGGCGCCCUCAAGACCAAGGCCAAGGGAGAAGAAAGCGAGACGCUGCCUGCCGUCGUGACGACGGCUGCCACGCCCACACAGCCCACCUCGAAGAAGGAACAGCAGCAGCAGCAGGAUGCUGUCGGCGAGUUUCGACAGUUUGUCACUCAGGAGCGAGAGAGACUGGAAAAGAAAAAGGCAGCACUGGCAAAGAAGGAAAAGGACUCGAGGCUGGCGGACCUCAAGAGCUGGGGCGACAAGUUCAAGCUCAAGAGUCCUGUGCCAAGUGACAUUGCCCUCGUCACGUCUCGCGAUGCCGAUGCGCGACCCACGCCCAGCAGCACCGAGCAGGGCCUUGCGGCGGCCAGCGACAAGCCGAGGGAUCCCAACCUGCAAAAGAGCCUCAGCCCCACGACGGCACACGUCCAGGACAAGACUCGGCCCUCGCUUGACUCGUCGUCGCCCGCUAGGCAAGCCGGGGGUACCUCGUCCGUCUCACAGUCUCCCACGGCCCCGGCAGCGGCCUCAGCCGUGCCUGGUGCUGCCAAUCGCAAUGUCUCGGCGUCAGCAGCCCCAUCAAGCGCCUCACGCCUGGCCGAGUCAAAGGCGAUGCUGUCCAAGAUGACCAUUCCCAAGAUUCCUCCCUUCAACCCCGACAGGAUCAAGGCCAGGCAGGCCGCUGCUGCCGCCGCCGUCGCUGCUGCUGCAGGUGGUGGUGGUGCUGCAGCUGCCGCCGCUGCUGCUUCCUCUCCCGCGGCCGCCGACGACGCCAAGAAGGGCGCGACUCCUGCCGCCACAGGCAAGAGCAGCUUCAAGCUCAGUGCAAAAGCCAGCUCUUUCAAGCCAUUUAACCCUGCUGCAGCUGCCUUUACCCCUGGUGGCGGUGGCGGCGGUGCUGCGGCCGCCCCUGCGACGGGUGCUGCAUCGCCCGUGCCCGUCUCGGCAGCACCGAAGGCGCCCUCGAGCGUCGUCUCGCCGGCCCUGGGGGCCGCCCCCUCUCCAGCAUCUUCCAGUGCUGCGCCUGCUGCUGUCGCUGCUCCCGCCCCAACGGCGACGCCCUUGCCGCCACCUCAUCCUUUCUUUGGUCAUCGUGUCAUCAAGAAGUCAUCGUCGACUCCCUCGAUCCACGUCCGCGAGGACUUUAAUCCUUUCAAGGCUUACAAGGUCCCAGAAGCUCACACAAUCGGGCCCAUGUGGUCUUUUACCGGCAAGCCCUACCGCCAGCUCUUCAACGCCGUCUCGCCCCCGAUGCAGGGUGGCAUGGGACUGCCAGGACCCUCGUCGGUGUCCGAUGACGCCAGCGCAUCCGCCACUCCCCACCUGGCGCAUCACCAGCCUGCUACUGGAGGGCCACACAUGCAACAGCAGCAGCAACAACAACAACAGCAGCAGCCGCAACAACAGCAGCCGCAGCAGCCGCAGCAAACGCCUCAGCAUCAGCAUCAGCCACCCCUCCAGCACCAGCAACACCAUCACCAUCACCCCAGUCACCAAGGCCAUCACCACGCACCCAUGCACUCUCACCCGCCGCUCCCGCACCAUGCCCCUCCCCACGGCGGGCAACCCCAUCACAUGCAGCAGCACCCGCAAGCCAUGGGAAUGCCUCCCGGUGCUGCCGGCGGGCCCCAUCCGGGACCCGGUGGCCAGGGACAAAAUCAGGGCGGUGGCGGUCCGGGUGCCGGCCAGCCGUUCAACGUCAUGUAUCAGCCCUAUGGGCCCUAUCGCUUCCAUGGCCAACAGCACAUGGUCCAGGGAAUGGGCAUGCCCGGGCCUCAUCAUCACCAUCCACAGCACCACCAGCAGGGCGGUGGUGGCGGCCAGAUGCCCUAUGGAGGCAUGCCCCCUCAGCUCAUGGGUCAGAUGCCGUUUUCGCCCCCCAUGCCCCCACAUGCUGGUCCUCCCGGAGGAAUGUACAGCCCGCAGAUGGCAAACAUGGUUGCAGGACCCGCAGGUGCGGGCGGCGGAGGACCCAGGCCUCCGCCGCCGCCCUCAUCGGCCUCGUCGGGCGCAGGAGGCGCUGCACCGCCGCCUGGCCUGCAAGGUGGGGCAAACAAUGGUGGUAACAAGAUGCCUCCGCAGAUGUACUACCAUCAGCAGCCCAUGCCGGGUAUGCCGCCCUAUGGCGGACCGAUGCCACCACCACCGCACAUGGGCGGCCCGCACCCACCCCCACCUCACGCCGGCGGUCCAAUGCCGCCGCCCGGCGUCGGCGGGCCAGGCGGGCCUCCACCGCCACCUUCUGCGAUGCUCAGCCCGGCCAUGGCUGCCUCGACGGCGAGCACGGGCAGCAACACGGCGACCAGCAGCACCUCGACGAGCAACCAUGCACCCAGCUCGGCGGCGACGACGCCCAGCGGGAAAUCGUCGUCGUCGGCAUCAACAACGACGGGAGGUGGCCAAGGUGCUGGUGGGGCUCCGUAGGGGUAGCCUCACGACCCACCAGGAGGCAGCUCUCAGUCGGCCCAGGCGAGCGUUGGCACAUGUUCUCUAGAUUGUUGUCAACUUCUCGACUUGAAAAAGACACAAAAUCAAUUGGCGCUAUUCAUCGCUCCUUUGUAGAGAGAAGUUGUGUGUUUGCGCGUGGACAUCAGAC